GAAGCCGCAGCUGCAACUUCGCCUGGAGCCUCUGAGGCUGGGCGCAGCCGGGGACCGAGUCGCCGACAUCGCGGAGGCGCCGCUUCCCCGGCCCGGGCCUCAACCGAGCCGGCUCGACCAUGGCAGCCGCCGCCGUGGCGAAUCCGGCCCCUGCGCUCCCCGCCCGUCGCUGAGCGGCCGUUAACCAGCCCGCCCGCUGGUCCCCCCGCCGUUGCCGCAGCGGCCCAGGCUCCAGACAAGUUUCCGCCGCCGGAGGCGAAGGCAGGGAGGACGGACGUGAGGAGUCGGGCGCCCCCGGCCCACUCGGCGCUCCCUCCCGCGAUGUGGGGGCGCUUCCUGGCCCCGGAGGCAGGCGGCCGGGACAGCCCCGGCGGAGCCCGCAGCUUCCCGGCGGGCCCAGAUUAUUCUUCAUCAGCAUGGUUACCUGGUAAUGAAUCAUUGUGGCAGGCCACAACUGUUCCGUCCAACCAGCGAAAUAACCAUAUCAGGAGACAUAGUAUAGCUUCUGACAGUGGUGACACUGGCAUUGGAACUUCCUGUUCUGACAGUGUGGAAGAUCAUUCAACUUCAAGUGGCACAUUAUCUUUUAAGCCUAGUCGAUCAUUGGUUACUCUUCCUACUGCCCAUGUCAUGCCAUCUAACUCCAGUGCUUCAGUUUCCAAACAUAGGGAAUCAUUGACAUCAGAUGGCUCAAAAUGGAGUAUAAGCCUUAUGCAAACAUUGGGAAACCACAGUAGGGGAGAGCAGGACCCUUCACUAGACAUGAAGGACUUCCGGCCUCUCCGGAAAUGGUCAUCUUUAUCCAAACUCACUGUCCCAGGUAACUGCAGCCAGGGUGGCAUUGUGCACACAGAAGAGUCAAGGAGAGGUUUAGAAAAGACAGGGAGAGACAAGGCUUUAACAUCACAACUAAGGACAAUUGGACCUAGCUGUUUACAUGACAGUAUGGAGAUGCUUAAGCUAGAGGACAAGGAAAUAAAUAAAAAACGACCAUCAACUCUGGACAACAAAUAUAAAUUUGAGAGCUGCAGCAGAGAGGACUUUAGAGCUUCUUCCUCCAUUCCUAGGAGACAGGCCUUAGACAUGACAUACAGUGCCUUACCUGAAAGCAAGCCCAUUAUGACAAGCUCAGAGGCUUUUGAACCGCCGAAAUAUUUAAUGCUUGGUCAACAAGCCGUAGGUGGAGUUCCCAUUCAGCCUUCUGUGAGGACGCAGAUGUGGCUUACUGAGCAGUUGCGGACAAACCCUUUGGAAGGUAGAACUACAGAGGACUCUCACAGUAUAGCUCCUUGGCAGCAGCAGCAAAUUGAAGGGUUUCGACAAGAAAGUGAAACACCACUGCAGGUUUUGACUGGAUCAUCUCGUCAAAGUUAUUCACCUCCUGGCUAUCAAGAUUUCAGUAAGUGGGAAUCAGUGCUGAAAAUAAAAGAAGGACUACUAAGGCAGAAAGAAAUUGUAAUUGAUCGGCAGAAGCAACAAAUUACCCACCUGCAUGAAAGAAUAAGGGAUAAUGAAUUACGAGCACAACAUGCCAUGUUAGGACAUUACGUAAAUUGUGAGGAUUCUUAUGUGGCUAGUUUGCAGCCACAAUAUGAGAAUACUUCCCUCCAGACUCCAUUUUCAGACCAGUCAACAUCCCAUUCCCAGCAAGAGGAACUUGAGCAAAAGCUUGCAUCUACUGAGAAAGAGGUUUUACAGCUCAAUCAGUUUCUAAAACAAAGAAUAAGUCAAUUUAGUGAAGAGAAGAAGAAACUGGAGGAAAAGCUUAAAACCAGAGAUAGAUACAUCAGUAGCCUGAAAAAGAAGUGCCAGAAGGAAUCUGAACAGAAUAAAGAAAAGCAGAGAAGAAUUGAGACCUUAGAAAAGUAUCUGGCUGAUCUUCCAACUCUUGAUGAUGUACAGAGUCAGAGUCUACAGCUGCAAGUUCUAGAAGAAAAAAACAAGAAUUUGCAAGAGACUUUAAUGGAAAUGGAAAAAAGGCUUGAAGAGUUCAAAAAACAGUGUCAAGAAAAUGAGGCACAGCUAAUAUGCCAGAAAAAGAAAGAAAAGGAGUUGGUAACUACAGUUCAGAGUUUGCAGCAAAAAGUAGAAAGAUGCCUUGAAGAUGGAAUUCGCCUUCCCAUGUUAGAUGCAAAACAGCUUCAGAAUGAAAAUGAUAACCUGAGAAAACAAAAUGAGAAUGCUAGUAAGAUAAUAGACAGCCAACAAGAUGAGAUUGACAGAAUGAUUUUAGAAAUUCAGUCUAUGCAAGGGAAGCUUUCUAAAGAAAAAUUGACUACUCAAAAGAUGAUGGAAGAGCUUGAAAAGAAAGAAAGAAACCUUCAGAGAUUAAGAACAUUGCUUGAUAACCAAAGACAAACAGAAGAGACCUGCUCUUUAUUGGAUCAGGGCCAGGAAGCAGACCAAUCCAGGCAGCAGACCGUUCUUUCCAAAAGGCCACUAUUUGAUUUGAGUGUGAUUGAUCAGCUGUUCAAGGAAAUGUCCUAUUGUUUGUUUGACUUGAAGGCAUUGUGUAGUAUUCUUAAUCAGCGUGCUCAGGGCAAAGAGCCUAAUCUUUCAUUAUUACUGGGAAUCAGAUCAAUGAACUGUUCAGCUGAAGAGACUGAGAAUGACCACAGCCCAGAAACACUCACUAAAAAACUGUCAGAUGUAUGCCAGUUACGGAGGGACAUAGAUGAAUUACGGACCACGAUAUCAGACCGCUAUGCUCAGGACAUGGGAGACAACUGUGUAACCCAGUGACCAGUGUUGGUCCCACAGCAAUAACGACCCAUUGUUACAUGCUGCUGUGCUAGGUUCUUCACAUUUCUUUUAGGAGCCAUGAUAGAAACUUGCAAGUGACAUACGACUUGCACAUAAGUUUUUUUUCCUGUGGAUUUGUUCUGUUGGGGAGGAAUUGGGAUGUGAGGAAGUAUCGAAGGGGCUUAUCUAAUCAGGAAAAAAAUUAAAUUACCAUUUGAAAAAUAUGAUAAAAUGUAUAAGAAAAAAUUUUCUGUAUUCUCAAACUACUGAUUGUAGGACCAAGCUGUGAAGAAUGCCCUUCAGAUAAAGGGAUAGGAUUUCUUUUAAUCCUGUAGUUUUUGUGUGUGUGUGUGUGUGUGUGUGUGUGUGUGUGUGUGUGUUCACAAAAUUAUAUAAAGAUGUCUAGGAUCAAAGGAAAGCUUCUAAGAAAGGCACACACUGUAUUCUUGUGCUGCUUUUUUUUUUCAUGGAGAAGCUUGUGUUGUACUUGGGGUUUUCAAGGGCUGGCUGAACAAGAGUUGCCACAGCAGGCAAGUGUUCAAAUAGUAGUACAGCAGGCGAAACCAUCUGUGUUUGAACAAUCCCUGUGCUGAGAUGGUGAGGUUGUAGUGUUGGGUUGAUUUUAGUACUGUAGAUAGGUCAGCUGUUUUUCCAGAGUGCUUGUGAAUUGCCGAAGAGAUGUGAAAUAUUGAUGUGAUGGUUUUCCCGUUAGCAUUGUAAUGUAUGUAUUACAAGGCAAUUUAACAUAAUCUGAACUAAUUUUAACAUAUCCCUUACUAUUUACAACUUUUUGUUUAUAUAUUAUAUCUAUCUCUAUAUAUAUAUAUAUCAAUGUAAACAAAGCCAUAUAUAAUUAAUGCAAACCUAAGGCCUCAGAUCAUUAUUGUAAAAGAAAGAUUAACAAAGUGACUCUGGAACAAUAGCUUAUUUAUCCAAAUCUCAAACGUUUACAUUUUAACAGUUUUGUAUUUGUUUUAAAGUUGAAACUACUUUAAGAAAAAAAUCAACCUGUAUCCUUUAUAUCUGAAUUAUCACUAGCAUAAAACAAAAUCUAAACCCAGGUGAUAUUGCAAUUCCUUUUGUUAGGUAAAGUACAUUAAA